UCCAAAGUACAAAUACACACAGAGCUCCCAUUGUUUGCAGCCCUUCACAAGCCCACUGAUCCUAAUAUGGAAUUCAGCAGGAAACCCAUGAUUUCCUGACACACAGCAAGCUGGAGAAAGAAAGGAAAAACUCCAUUAAAAACCUCCAGGCUCUCCUCCAUGUUAGAAAUGAGAUGGAAAAUGGAGUGGAUUUAACAGGAAUCCCCGAUUCCUGCGGCCAGGCGGGAGGAAGGCAGACACGAAUCCAAGCCGCAGGCUGCUGAUAUUUUUUAAGUUGCAAUAAAUACAGAGAACUGUGGGGCAGGAUGAGGAUUUCCUGACUCGGACGGACAAGAAAGGACAGAUCGCUUUUUCACGAUACUCCUCUCUGUGAAUUUAAUCUAUUCACCUCAAUGAUUCUCUGGACUGCUCUGGUAAUUGUUAGAAGCAGCUGUGACAGCCUGGAAACAUUAGUAUGAUUUCCUGAGUUUGAGAUUUCCCCCCCCCCCCCCCCCUCCUCCCCUUCCCCAACUACUCCAAACUCAGGAAAAGUCCAUACAAUCGCACUUCAUUUCUCCUUCAUGUGCACUUGGAAACCCCGGGAGCAGCAGGAGCAGAGGCAGCAGACGCAAGGAUGAGCUGCAAGGCAGAAGGUGACAACUGCACUGAUGGGAGCAGCAACAGCACCAAGAAGAUGUUAAAAUGCGUGGUGGUUGGGGACGGGGCUGUUGGGAAAACCUGUUUGCUGAUGAGCUACGCCAACGAUGCCUUCCCUGAGGAGUACGUGCCCACUGUGUUUGACCACUAUGCAGUAACCGUGACUGUGGGAGGACAACAGCACCUGCUGGGACUUUAUGACACGGCAGGGCAGGAGGACUACAACCAGCUGAGACCCCUGUCCUACCCCAACACAGACGUGUUCUUGAUCUGCUUCUCAGUGGUAAACCCUGCCUCAUACCACAACGUCCAGGAGGAGUGGGUACCUGAGCUGAAGGUCUGCAUGCCCAAUGUGCCUUAUGUCCUCAUAGGAACACAGAUUGAUCUGCGAGAUGAUCCCAAAACUUUGGCUCGUUUGCUUUACAUGAAGGAGAAACCACUCACCUAUGAGCAUGGCGUGAAGCUGGCAAAGGAGAUUGGAGCACAAUGCUACCUGGAGUGCUCAGCCCUUACACAGAAAGGCCUUAAGACUGUCUUUGAUGAAGCAAUCCUGACCAUUUUCCACCCCAAGAAGAAGAAGAAGCACUGUGCAAAGUGCCAUAGAUGCUGCACCAUUGUAUGAAGUCACUUGGAAAGAAAAGUGAGAUGAGUUCAAUGAAAACAAGCAGGUUAGAAAGGCAAUGAAGGUCAUAAGCAACUGAAAAGGGGAACAUGACCAGAAAGGGGUCCUUUUUACCCAAAUAGGAGCCCUCCAUUCUGUGAAACCUCCAAGCUGUAUCACAAUAGGCCAGCUGUUAUCUAUGUGCAAUCCAAACCUUCAGCGUUAUAUGCAGCCUGUUCCCACCACUGCAGACUGUGCUGAGCCAACAGAAACAAGGAUGCCUGCUCCUGCUUGAUUCUUCUUCACCUUAGGAAUAAGAAGGCGGCACUGUGUGGGGGAAAAAAAAAUAAAUAAAUAAAAAAUAAAGGGAUAAAAGAAACAGAACAAACUCCAUUUGUGGCCUUAAGGAAGAAUUGAUCAAAAUUAAAAAUUUGCAGUACUAAGGAAUUUAAUCUGAACUGACUGAAAGAACAUGGAGAUCUGUAGAAAUCUACUAUGUAAGACGUACGCUAUAGGUAGGAUGUACUUUUGAACUACUUCUCUUUUAUAAAAUUCAUUACUUCAGGAUAUACUUAUUUUUGUUCAAUCCGCAUGGAAGCAAAGGUGGAACAAUUCCAGUUUGUUUUCACUUAAUGGUGAAACUUCACAGCGUCAGUAUGUUGCUGCACCCAAGCUAUCGAAACAGAUCAACAUUUACCUCCAGACUUAAGGAAUGUUCUAAAACAAAAAAAUGCAAGUAACUCUAUUUGUACAAGGGAAUAUUCAGGCUGAGCCAUGUUUCUGUAAGCUGGGAAAGGAAGAACAGAGUUGUAGUGUUUGUGUACUGAUAUUCUGCCACCAAAUAUUGCCCUGGACAUGAAAUACCAGCUUGGAAAAAUUGCCUUUCCAAACUGAGAAUAUGAAAGAGACACAUUGCCAUGGCAACUGAAAAAUUACCUUAUAGAUCAGCUGGAUUUCUACGUCCCACCCAGCAGACAAAAAUAGCAAAAGCCAAAAAGCCAAAGGUGACACCAAUCUCAAGUACUUUAAGAUGAUCCAAGUGCCUUAUGAUUUUUUUAGAGUAUCUCAUGUAAAAACCUUAUCAAAGCGAAAUUAUAAUCAUUGUGAUUUACUGUGGUCCCCCUCCUCUCAUUCAUUAUUGUGCUUCGCUCCCACUCUUUCACAGCCUCAUUGCGGUAAGUGCUGUUUAAGUUGCAGUUCUCAGCAGUGGACUUUCACAGGAUGGGUUGCAGCCCUUAGCACAAGGGUGGGAAGACCUCGAGGGAGCACAGGCUGCCCAUAAGCUCCCUGUGCUGCUGGAAGAAUGGUGCCUUUCCACUAAAGUCUCUCUGGGAAGCCUGUACUUUUGCAUCUCACAGCAACACUGAUGCUCAGAGGUGAGCUCAAAGGGCAUCUGCCUUUGAGAACAAUGGCAGUGCCAUGAGUUUGUCUUGUGGAUUUCAUUCCCCAAGCAGAAAAUACAGAGACCUCCAAUAUAACUCCUUGCAAAAGCAGCAUCUCCAUCCAGCAUUUUGAAAACUGCUCAAACUAAGCAGCAAACAGAAGAGAACAGUCAUGAUGCAAUGCUCCAUCCUUUACCCAUGGAAGAUGACAGAUCCAAGCUCCUGUUUUCACUCGAGCACAAAUUUUAUUUACCACAGACACAGACAGAAACCAGAUCAGACACAGAACUUUUCCAAUAGAGAUGAGUCAAAACUGGCCAAACUUGAGGUCAGUGCUACUCACCGCCUCUUGUGCUGCAUGUAAGCAUGGAUGAUAGCUAAAAUUCUGCUAAUCAAUAGCUAUACAAAAGAGAUGCUUCCUUACUGAUGGCAAUCAUUGUGCAUAUCUUCUAUCAUGUUGCAGAGAAAUGGACUGACUGACACAACACAGCUCAGAGUGAGGACAGAGCUGAGCCUGGUGAAGGAGCUCAUGUCGUGCCAUAGAGGCUGUGCUGCUGUCCCAGCACUGAGCAUUCACACAGCAGGGACAUCAGUAAUCAGCUGAUCUGAGAGGUGUAACACGGUGUUAGAAGAGCAUGAAGAAAAGUAGGAGUGGCCAAAAGUCCACUGAAAAAUAAAAGAAGGGUUUCAACAGAGAAAAUAAUCAGAGCUUCACUGUGCUGCUGUUUGCUUCAGUGGAAAUAAAACAGGGUGAUGGCUUUGUGAUUUAGGCUGCUGUAAAACAUUAGCCUAUAUGCAACUCUGGUUAAAGUAAGUGAAGUCUGCUGUAGCUGAAGUGCAAUGGAAACACUCAGUUUGGAGCUGCCAAGUAUUCUCAGAGCUUCACAAAACAACAAUUCAGACUGACAGCUGAGCUUAUCAUAAAAUAAUGAGCACAGUGGAAAGUACAAUAUAGCAUUCCUAGCAUGUGUCAGAGAAAGCCACAAUAACCAAAUGAUAUUUUUGCCUGGUAUCAGGGGUGCCUAUUAAUGCUGAUGGGAUGGGACGGGACAGACAUAUAAAAUCAUAUAGGAAGUUGUACCAUUAAUGUAAUUGCAGUGGUUUGAGGAAAAAUAACUUACAAAAACCCAUAUUACAGAAUCACAGAAUUGUAGGCAUUGGAAGGGACCUCCAGAGAUCAAGUCCAACCCCCCUGCCAAAGCAGGCAAAUAUGGUGAUGAAGAAGCUAAAAUGCUACUGUGCUGAUUUAUUAAACUGUAGCACCCUGCACAAAUCGUUGCGUAGCACUGAAAGCAGAUAUAUGGAAAAAAUACUACAACUAACCAGGGCUUUGUUUGUAUUUACAAAGUCUAACACAUCAAGUUUGCGAAACCGUUUUCAAGUUUUUCAAGCUAAUUGAGACCAAAAUUUGUCAUUUGUGAGCUGAAAGAGAGGGUGAGUGGUCGCAAUCCAC